AUGAUUGGAGCAUCCAGCCUCUCGGGGGACACGCUGAUAGCUUGCCACUUCCCUGUGGUUCAGCUUCCCACUUGGCAGCUUCCUGUCCAGGCGCUGUGCAGCUCGCCCAAGAGGCAAGGCCGGCUGUGCUCAGUGGGCCUGACCAGAGCCGUGUCCCUCCCAGAACAAGACUCGCUGAACCGAGAGCAUGCCUUCAGCGGUGGCCGGAGACAUUUCUCCAGCAGCUACAGCAGUCUCAAUGAGGACCGGGCGGAGGAGGAGGGGGGCAGUGACAGCAGCGGGAGGUACGACUCCACUUCGUCACCAGAGGAGACGAGCUCCCAUCUGAAGAAGGAAAGCUCUGGAGCCAGAGGCAGCCUGCGGACGCACAACUCAUUCCUCCCCAACGCAGAGCUAGAUGAGGAUGAGGAAGAUGAGGAUAGUGAUGGAGGCAAUCUGCACAGAUAUCAUGAGGACUCAUCUUUCGUGUUGCAUGGAAAUUCCAAUUGGCCUCUAAGUAAUGGUGCCAGAAAUUAUACGAUGUCCCAUGGGAAUGUGGGCAGUGAAUGGGGCAAAGAAGGGACUGUGUUGGGAAGUGAGAGUGACCACGAGUGGCUCUCUAACCAGCCUAACAGGCUGGACUCACUGCAGACUGAAUGCCAGUGCUUUCAUGUGAGCAGAUCUGGCACCGUGGCUCAUGGAGAGCAGGACUCAGACAGACUGAAGGAUAACAUGUCCUGCUGCAUCCACAGCCAACACAAAUGUUCCCCCGAGCUGCUCUCCAACAGUCACACAGAGUAUGUGAGCGACUCCUCCUGUAACAGCUCUGAUGGCGUCUUGGUGAACUUCUGCACCAUCUAUAACCGGAGCAACAACCCCGCCACGCCUCAUGACCUCAGCAGUCCUGCAGGUCACCCCUCCCAGCCAUCUGAGGGAUCUGUGUUCCUCAACCUCCAGCCUGUUCCCAAGACUCCAGCCGAAGACCUCCAACACGAAGACACGAAAGUUCACUGUCCCCUAAAAGAGGACCUUGACAUGAUGCCCUCUGCUUCCUGCUGGUCUCCUCAGGGGCUCGACUCAAACUGCAACGUUUACUCCCUGGAGCCGGUACCCCCGGGCCUCUCCUCUCUGGAGGUAUCUGACCUGACUGCCUGUCUCCAAAGCCAGGCCACAUUGGCCAUGGGAACCAAUCAGAAGUACUACAAACUUGUGACUUGUGACCUCUCCUCCCAGUCGCCCAGCCCGGCCUGGUCCAGCCACACCAGCUGCCCUGAGGGGCAGAGCAGAAGUAGCCCCUUCCCUCCCUCUGAGCACCUCGCUCUUGAUCAUAAGAAAGAAGUACAACACAAAGAAGUCAAGAAGGAGAAAGAGGAUCAGGAAAAGGAAAUGAGGUGUUCCUCUGCACAGUGCAGUGCCGGGUUUGAUUGCUCUCAGCUUCAGACCUGUGAUUACCAAGUUGCCACCACCUCCACUGAGAAAGCCCUCUGCGGGAAGAAACAUACAGACAGCAUCCAAAACCUCUCCCACACACCCUGCUCACUGUGCCCCAGCCAGUGUAGCCCACAUAGCAGCAAAGGCCAAGGCACAAGCAUUGCAUCCACACAGCCAUCUGUGAUUCUGGACCAGCAGCACUCUGAUACUGAUGCUGCUGAGGAAGGGGCGUGUUCAUUGGAAAAUCCAGUGAUGCGGUACAGUAAGGCCCAGAGACCAACCUCGUUGCCCAUCCAGCCCUUCGUCCUGGUCCCCGCAGGCAAACCCCAGGCCCAGCACUUGGGCUGCCUUCUGGAGCAGUACAUGAGUCAAAAGAGCAGCAAGACUGGUGCCUCCCAACCAAGCUUCAAGUUCAAGGGCAAAAGGAGUCAGUGCUUUUCAAACCUUCAGCUGUCACCAAUGGGCAGCCACUACCCCAUCUUCCUUGAGGCUCCUUCGAGCUCUGAUACCUGCUCCACCUGCACGCCGAGUCCAGAGUGCUUCAGCCGCAGACACACGUGGAGCCAGUCCAGCAGAAGCCAGGGACACCUAAGUCCAUGUACAUCAAAAAGCAGCCUGGAUCCAACUCACACUAGUCCAAAGCCCACACUGGUUCAGGUGGAGGAUAAAACAAGCCCAUACUCAGGCAAAACUCAGGCUACCACUUUUUUAAAUAUGACCCCAGUCCCAAAUCAGUCCAACCUUGUUAAAAUCCCCACCUACCAGGACCUGAUUAACCUCAGCCCUGAGCAAAGCCAUGGCAAGACUGAGCCCAAAAGUCCCGCUCAGUCCCAGACCCACACCUCCUACCAUUCUAUAUUCUCUCAUACACCACCCACUUUACCCCUAACCACUGACACCUGUCACCCAAACCUGCAGGUGUCCCUGUCUCCUCCCACUAGCUUACAACCAGAAAAGAAGUUCCCUCAGUACCGGGCGGCACCUGCAGCUGACUCUGGCUUUUUUCACGGUAGUUUUACAGCUGCCCUCUCCUCAGUAGCUCCUCUCUCCUCCUUGAGUUCUCUGCUGUCCUUGGCUGCUUCUGGGCUGCACCCACACCAAAUCCAGGCAGACUCCGCUGGGCUCGGUGGCAAGCCGAGUCAGAGUCAGCACAGUGAGUCUCUGAUCCUGAGCGACAGGCCGCCCACAGAGUUCUGCCUCUCACCCGAUACAUCUUACGAGUCCAUGUCUAUUAGCCAUCUUCAGAGGAGAGGUUUGCUGAGGUCUGUGAGUCGGGCGGUGGAUUUGAUCAUGGCUCACUUUGGCAGCAGUAGAGACCCAGAAGAAAAGAUGCGUCUGGGUAACAGCUCUCGCAGCCCGACAAUCGCCGGUCUGGUCCUGGAACAUUUGUGUCCAACGAUCCAGAAUAUUUUAGAGGACGGUCUUAGGGAUCACAAACUGGAUCUCAUCAUUGGGCAGCGGCGCAACCACUCUUGGAGUGUAGUGGAAGUCUCUACCAGGAUUGGUCCAUCCACAAAGGUCCUUCACAGCCUGGUCUCCAAAAUCAGACUAUGCCCCCAGCUCACCAGCCACUGCAUGAGACUGAGAGCCUUCAUCAUGGGCCUGCUUAACUUGAGAGCUUUGGAAUUCUGGCUCAGUCACCUUCAGAGUCAAAGAGAUGUGGUAACAACAUACUACCAUUCUUGGGGGUUCCUGUCUAUGUCACUGGGUCAGUGUCAGCCCCUGUUUCAGGAGCUGCUGCUUCUGCUGCAGCCGCUGUCCGUGUUGCCCUUUGACCUCAACCUGCUCCUGGAGCACCGACUGUUACAUAACAGACAGCUGUGUUCGGAGGAGGAGGGUGUUUCUCCACCUCCACCGUGCUCAGCCCUCUUAGCGACCAGCUGGCCAUUACUGCAAGCUGACAAGAAGAUAGACAGCAGCCAGCAAGCUAACAUUUCACAUCAGAUAGUUCGCCAUCACCAAGAGUCUCUCAGUUCUCAGAAUUGCAUGAAGCAGGAUUGCAAAGGGACGCAGGCCCACAGGAGUCCGUCAUUAGCUCCUAUUCCAGAGUGGUGGUCGAAAGAGCCUGGCCUUACAGAUGAUGUGGUUGAAGGGGAGGACUGUAGCCAGAAUAAUGCAGAUACUUGGUCUCAAAUAAGUAUGGACAGCAGGCAUGAAGAGAGGAGGGGAGAGAAAGACACUGAGACCCCAAAUGCGUCAACUUGUGUCCAGGCUGAGAGUCCAUGUCAGGGUUGGCUUCGCUGGGCCAAACUGUUUGGGGCAUCCGAUACUUCCACCAGGACAGAGACGGUUUCCCAGAGUCACAUGGGAGCACAAACCAGUAGGUACAAACGACCAUCACAGUGGCUGCAUUUGGACAGAUCGCAGCUUGGACUAUUGGCUCAAUCCAUCAGGUCAAUGAAGCUAGGAGUCGCUCAGACUGAGAAGGACUCCUAAAAAAAGGAGGCGAUUUACUGUAACAAGAAAAAGUCUUAACUGCAUGAUAAUUCAUACACAGUGAUUGAUCACACCACUGAACUGGUCAGAAAGCACACAAAAUACAGGAAUACAGGAACAGCUGUGGCAAUGGCCCGUAUUCAUCAAGCUUUGUGUUGCACCAGCUAUUUGUAAACCCAUCACUGAGUUUGUGUGUCCUUUCUGUUCUUAUAUCAGCUUCUUUCAAAAUAAAUUAGGUUUCCUUGUAUAUCAACUUAAAGAACGUUCCAGUAAAAACUAGGAA